GAAAUUCAUCGGAACCGAGCGCGCGACGAGGAGAGCAGAAGCCGCAACAGAAGCCGCGACGCACGAUCCCGUGUUUUUCCUCAGUGAAGCGAUUUUUCCGCCGAAAUAAUCGCCGAGAGGCCAUCAAGUCGUCGAGUGGAAAUUCGGAAUCGACAUAUUCCCAAUAAUAUAUAUAAUACAUCCCGCGGCAAAAUGACAGACGAGGUCAAUCCGAAGGCUUAUCCGCUGGCGGACGCGACGCUCACCGGGAAAAUACUAAACCUCGUUCAGCAGGCGAUGAACUACAAGCAGCUGCGGAAAGGAGCGAACGAAGCGACCAAGACCCUGAAUCGCGGCCUGUCAGAGUUCAUCGUAAUGGCAGCUGAUGCGGAACCUUUAGAGAUUCUGCUGCACCUGCCCUUACUGUGCGAGGAUAAGAACGUGCCCUACGUAUUCGUGCGAAGUAAGCAAGCCCUCGGACGGGCCUGCGGAGUCUCCAGGCCGGUGGUCGCCUGCUCCAUCACAGUCAACGAGGGCUCGCAAUUGAAACCGCAGAUCAACGCCAUACAGCAGGAGAUAGAACGGCUUUUAGUUUAACCGGAAUCUGUACCUGAUUUACAUACCUCAUCUCUCUUGUAAAGUCAUCAGUCACUAUCGUCAUUGUUGACACGGAUAUUAACUCACGAAUUAAAGGAAAAAAAAACCGAACUUGUCCUUGAUUCUUUUGUAAAUCACGUGAAGCUAUGAUAUUAAUAAUAAUAAUAAUAAUAAUAAUAAUAAUAAUAAAACCGCAAAUUAAGUGUGUGCCUUGUGUUUGCGGAUGUACAAAUCGUGUGUCUAAUGUUAGAGUACACAUACACACACACGCACGCGAGAACGUACUAUUAAAUACACCUCACGCGAAUUAAUAAAACUAAAAAAAAAAACCAUCGUCGAAUACCAACGCAAUUAUCACAAACACCGGUACAGCGAGAGAUAACAAAGCGUUAAUUAAACAAAAGGAAAUUGUAUUAGUAAAAUAAUAAAACAAAAUACAGUGAGGAGAAUCACUAAUUGAAACAAG